UGUUAUGACACUCAAACGACUACAGGGGGCAGUAAUGCAUUUACUUGCUCUACUACUACACCUCCGGAAAUGAAAGAAGAAAACUAGCACGCGCGCCGGUGUAAACAACGACAGCAGAUACAAUGGCUCCAAUGGAAGGAUUUUAAACACUAAACCGAUUUUUUUAAAUUGACAGGACUUAACUAUUUGGAGUGUUUUCUGAAAUAGCGUCGGAGUCUGUGAGUAAAGUCAGUCGUGAUGAUGAUUCUACCUUAGUUUUGGCUAUGCGGAAGUGUGCCUUUGACACAGCUGAUCGGUAAUUAUGUCACCCAAAGAUCCACUUCUCACCGCCCUCAAAGUGUGUGUACUGAACCUGCAGUCCGAUGGGGAGACCGUGACCGACAGCAACCCUCACCUAGUGUCAUGCUGUGAGCUUCUUGAGAUGGUUCUCAGGAAAGGACUCCAACAGCCGCUUCUCAAUCUGGUCCAUAGAGACUACUGGCAGUGUUUUGAACGGCUUCCCCACCAAGACUCUUGUGGCAGGCUGUGUGCUUUGUCGUUGGCUGUGGAACAGACUAACGCUUGUAGGAAGCUGCUCUCAGCUCAGGGUAAAGGUCGCUACCUGCUCAGAUUGGCUCUCAGCCGCAAGACCCUGCCACAGUUCAUCAGACACCUCCUGCACACUCACAGAAUCCUAGAGUGGUACAGCCCAACCUUCUCAAUCCUACGGAAUGAGGAAUUUCUAGAACCUUUUAUAUCCCUGCUGCUGGUCCUCUCUCACAUGGAGUUCAAAUUGGACAUGGAGAAUUGCAGUUUUUUGGAUGAUAGCUGGCUGCUACCGGUGUGUGAAACAUACGAAGUGGUGCCCUGUCAACAGGUGGGAAUGGUCUUCAGCUACCUCGGUGGCCGUGUCUUCCUUCUGGACUUGAUGCCUGGCAGACAGGCGCACGUUGACAACUUCAUCUGUCGUGGUGACGUCAUAGACGAGAUCAACGGCACUUCGCUGAGAAACUCCAAGCACGGACAGGCAGGUGUGGUCCUAUCUCGCUUCAAGGGCCACCCACUGUCCAUCCGCAUUGUGCGAUGGAAGGCCCAGGAUGGGACAGUGUAUCGUCCUCUCGUUAAACUCCUGCGAACUCUGAGGAUGGAGAACCCCUGGUUGCAGCUUGGCCCUGUUCUUUGCCAGCAGACGGCUGCAAAUGACCAGAGAGCUUCUGCUCCAUCAGAGUGUCUCAAAGAGGGAAGGAUUGUCUACAUUGUCCAGUUCUUGGGCACAGCAAAUAUUGGAGGGUACGGAAGCAAGGAUGUGCUGCAGCAUGCAAUUUCCCAAGUGCUGCAGAAAAACCUGCAGAGCAAGGAAGUGCUUCUAGAUUUGCAGGAAACUCACUUAACGUGCACAGAGAGCAGCAGUCAACUGAAACUGUGUGAGCAUCACUAUCCAGAGAUAUCAUGUGUUGGGAGGUACUGUCAGCCGGACUACACCAUCAUGGGCUUUUGUGUUGUCGACACCCCAGAACCACCACCAAACUUCAACUGUGUGGUAUUCAAAGCAGGUAGCUUUGAAGCCUGCAAGGACAUCGUCUGUCGUAUAGCUACCGGUUUCAAACACACGGAGUGGUUUGUAUGACAUGGAUGUAUUGUCAAUAAAAAACACAAUUUUCUAUUCAUAAAGACCUUUAAUAGAAAGACAUGACAAUUUCAUAAAUAGUAAAAUGUAGCUGCCAGUUUUUGUUCAAUGUUGGAAAACACGUAAAAAGCAGUCCAGAAAAAUAGGGUCUGCUCUUUGCACCAAUAACAGUGACGAGAUUACCGAGUGAGCUGCAUUGUGCUAAAAUGGUAUGGUGCCAACAUAGCAAGAUAUUAGCCUUAAGUUGAAUGGAGGGGGCAAUUAUGUCUUUUAACGUAAUGAUUCAUAUAUAACAGGCAAAUAGUCCUACACAACUACCCAUUAGCUUGUGGAAUGGUUGAUGUCUAAAAUACGAUACAAAAGUCGCAAAAAAGAAAAA